AAAUCCGGAGUGGUUCAUUCAUGCUCCUGGGACGUGGAGCGUAUUGGUUUGCUUUUUUGCAGGCGUGCAAUUGGUCAAACCUGCAUAAAUACAGAUUUAAUACCAGAGGCGUAGUAACCAAAGACUGACUGACAGUAACACGUCACGGAUUUGAUCGUAAGUCGGGAGGAGGAAAUUUUACAUCUAGUCAAAGGGGAAACAAACAAAGGUCGUAAGAGGUCAAGCUGCUGACGAGCACAAGGUAAUUUGCUAUAGAAAAAUAGCAACAAAUUCGCAGUCAACAUAAAUAAAGGGACAGGUGGAAAGAUGUCUCUCGAUAGCCCGAAAGAAAGAGGUAAAGUGAAAAUACUAGACGGUGGCUUUUCAACUCAGCUGUCAGUUCAUGUUGGCAAUAAGGUUGACGGUGACCCCUUGUGGACAGCGAGAUUCUUAGCUACUAAUCCAGAUGCAGUUCUGGCGACUCAUCUCGACUUUCUACGAGCCGGUGCCGACAUCAUUCAGACAAAUACUUAUCAGGCUUCGAUCGGUGGUUUUAUGAAGCAUCUAAACCUGACUGCGGAAGAAAGCUUAGCCCUGAUCAAAAGCGCGGUAGAUAUUGCCAAAGAAGCAGUCAGAAUUCAUUCGGCGGAGACCAAGGAUGAUCGAAAGUUGAUCGUCGGUACUAUUGGGCCUUACGGUGCUGCGCUGCACAAUGGCUCAGAGUACACCGGAGCUUACGAUCCAGACGUUACCGCCGAAGCGAUUAAAAAUUGGCACAAGCCUCGUUUGGAAGUUUUAGUAAAAGGUGGAGUAGAUCUGCUCGCUUUCGAGACCAUACCAAAUAAAAUUGAGGCUGAAGCAUUGGUCGACCUGCUGAGGGACUAUCCGGCAAUGAAAGCCUGGCUGUCGUUCUCAUGUCGUCAGGAUGGAAGGAGUCUGGCUGACGGUAGCAAUUUCAAAGAGGUCGCUCUGGCAUGUUUCGUCAAAGCUUUACCUGGACAGAUAGUCGCUGUAGGAGUGAAUUGCAUCGCUCCACGAUGCGUUUCUCCUUUACUUGCAGAAAUCAAUAAGGACAGAAAAGAGGAUAGUCUACCUUUGGUCGUUUAUCCUAAUAGCGGAGAGCGGUACGUUGUUAGCGAAGGGUGGCAACCUGGAGAGACUACGGAUUCUCUGGAAAACUUUGUUGCCGAUUGGCUAAAUCUCGGGGUUCGAUACAUCGGCGGUUGCUGCCGUACAUAUGCCAAGGAUAUAACACUAAUACGAGAUGCUGUCAAACGCUGGGAAACGGAAACUUUGAAGUAACUAAAGCGGAAGAAAUUCAAAUGAACUGAGAAUACUGUUUCAAAAGUUACUUUGACAAAAUUGGACGAUCGUUCACCUCGAUAGGAGUUACAUUCGAAGAACGUCUAUAAGAUUCAAAUUGUUUUUUUCUCAUUCGGUCAGAUCCACCAUAAAACAGUCCACCGUAACGCAGUUUGUAUAAUGGUUCUUUGCCAUCCGGAAACAAUAUAAUUUUGCGACAUCUCUUCAUGUCGAACCAAGCUAGCUGAACUAUUUAAUUCAGAUUGUAUUUUAAAAAUCUGGCAAACUACUGCGAUAAAACCGGUUCAUUGAGGAAUUCAUUAGAGAUCUGCAAGUCAUGUAAAAACGUAUCUCAAAGUACAUAUUUCUCUGAACGACUGAAUCUAAAGUACAAUACUCCAUCCGUGUGCACUUGUGCGCCAGAAUUUAUUAAUGCGGCUAUUAAAGCUUCUGACUCUAAGUCAGCUUGCAAAUUGCUACUUUGUACUUCUUACAAAAACACAUUGAAGACUGUACUGCUUCUACAGACUGUAAAAAAUCAAAGAAUUAAAACUACAUAAUUAUAUAGUUUUUGUAAAGUUUAUGUAUUGAUAACUUUUGUACGUCUAUACAAAUAAGCAUUGAUAAAUAAAGAUAUACAGUUUACCGUUAA